ACUGCCACCCAAUGUAGCCCACAUCACAUUGUCUUAUUUGUUUUCGGGAGCUUGUCCCCGCCUAGCAACGAGUCGGCUAAGCACUGGAUCCUAGCGAGGAGCCCGGCACAGACAGCGAAUGACCGCAGCGGGACAGUCGUUCUUGCUCUUCUUCGGCCCUGCGGCAGGAUCUGCCGGUUCAGGGGCCUCUCCCCGGACUCCACGCGUGUCUGGAGGGCUCUCGGGUUAGGGAAGGGGUGUUUGGAGACGCUCCGGGCGGCCGGGCGGUGGCGGGACACGGGCCCUUUAAGAAGGAGCGCUGGGCGCGGCCAGGUAGGGGCGGGUCCCGGGCGGAUUAGCGCUGCGCCGGCGCGGGCCCGGGAGCCGGAUUUGGAGCGCGCGGCGCCGGUGGGGGCGGAGUGGGCGGCGCGGCGGAGCCUCCCGUGGCCUCCGACGCUCCUCCUAGAUAGCGGCCACCGCCCGCCGUCUCGUGCGCCUCCAGCUCCUUCGCCCCGGCGGGUCCGGCCGCCGCUUCCGGCAGCUCACCUGGGACGCGCUCAUCUGGGACGCGCUACCUGCCUCCGGGCGCCUGGGCUCCAGGAUGAAGGACCGGUUGGAGCAGCUGAAGGCCAAGCAGUUGACACAGGAUGAUGAUACUUAUGAGGUCGAGAUUGCUAUCGACAACACGGCUUUUAUGGACGAGUUCUUUUCUGAGAUUGAGGAAACUCGGCUUAACAUUGACAAGAUCUCAGAACAUGUGGAGGAGGCUAAGAAACUCUACAGUAUCAUUCUCUCUGCACCGAUUCCAGAGCCAAAAACCAAGGAUGACCUAGAGCAACUCACGACUGAGAUUAAGAAAAGGGCCAACAACGUCCGGAACAAACUGAAGAGCAUGGAGAAGCAUAUUGAAGAAGAUGAGGUCAGGUCAUCGGCAGACCUUCGGAUUCGGAAAUCCCAGCACUCGGUCCUUUCUCGGAAGUUUGUGGAGGUGAUGACCAAGUACAAUGAAGCUCAGGUGGACUUUCGAGAACGAAGCAAAGGGCGAAUCCAGCGGCAGCUCGAAAUUACUGGCAAAAAGACAACAGAUGAGGAGCUGGAGGAGAUGUUGGAGAGUGGCAACCCGGCCAUCUUCACUUCUGGGAUCAUUGACUCACAGAUUUCCAAGCAAGCCCUCAGUGAGAUUGAGGGACGGCACAAGGACAUUGUGAGGCUGGAGAGCAGCAUCAAGGAGCUUCAUGACAUGUUUAUGGACAUUGCCAUGCUGGUGGAGAAUCAGGGUGAGAUGUUAGAUAACAUAGAGUUGAAUGUCAUGCACACAGUGGACCACGUGGAGAAGGCACGAGAUGAAACGAAAAAAGCUGUGAAAUACCAGAGUCAGGCCCGGAAGAAAUUGAUAAUUAUCAUUGUGCUAGUAGUUGUGUUGCUGGGCAUUUUAGCAUUGAUUAUUGGACUUACCGUUGGGCUGUGAAGUAAGAGUGGCCUAAGAGGCUGCUGCACUGAAAUAAACUGAUUUCACUCCAGCCUGGUGUGGCCACCCUUGUCUUCAGAUGAGAAUGGAGUCUGAAUGGCCUUCCUGAGAGCGAGUGCAACCCGUUCCUUUGUUUCCUUGCGACCACCCUUGGACCUGACUCAGCUAACAAUCUAGCCCUGGGGGAAUAUGAUCUACCUGAUGCGACCCUGAGUUCUCCUCAGAGCCUCCUCCUGCCCCACCAGCUCUCAAGUACCUUUUCUCCUGGACUGUGUGAACUACCCAGCUUCCUUCCUCCCUGUGGUGUGUCAGAUUAUGCCUUGCACCUGGGAAAGCUCUUGUGAGACCCUCCCAAGGUGCUGUAUUUUUCUACCUCAUGGAGUAUUCUCCUAGAAACUGCAAUUUUUUUUUUAGGGGAGUAUCUUUAACAAAGCAGAAGGAUUCUUCUAAGUUUGGCAACAAUAAGGCUUGGAUCUGAGUCUUCUACCUGGCAGGAUGCCAAUCCUGUUUGUUGUCCCUAUGUCCUGAAAACAUGGGGGACUGGCAGAUGUCAUUUUAGUCUGAAGAGCUGACUUGCUUGAAAUUCAGCCUUAAAUUAAGCUCUUAGUUGUUCAGCUUGGGGGGCAACUUUGAUUUUUCUCUGUGUUGUAAUCUCUCAUAUUUACUCAAGGAGGGACCAGGAUGAUACAGUCAUCUGAAGUUACGCUUUGCAAAAGGCUGAGGAUAUGGAAUAUGUUUCCAUGUCUGAGUCUUAGAAACUGGCUGUUCAUUGUUAGAAAGCGAUGCUUUGUGAAACUAUUGCCUUGGGGCCACAUAUAAUCAGGGAUUUUAAAUUGGGCAAGGGACAAGGUGCUAGAAUCCUAAGCUCUGGAAAUAUUUCAUGACACUGGUGUAUUCACUCAUGUGUUCCAGAUGUAUUCUAAGUGUGUAUGAGAUGUAUGUACACAUAUAUGUGUGUCUGUCAGGAAGUAGGAAAUAAAAAUGGAAGCUAUUAUGACCUCAAAAAAAAAAAAGCCAACUUUGAGCCAGGAUAAAAAUUGGGUAAAGGACAUUUGCUUACCUGCAAAUGAAUCACUAUGGAAAUGUGAUCUUCCCCUAUCAUCAAGAAACUUGUUUUCUGGAUGAAUACUGGGAGAAUAAAAUGAGAACUCUGGAGUGAGCUAAAUUGAUCCCAAUUAAGUUCUUCUGCUUAGCAGACAGAAAGUAUAAUUUUUUGACACCCUUCCCCACCUGCUACCUAUGCUAGGCUUGUCCUGAGAGCAUCCCUCAGUAAUUUGAUAUUCAUGUGGCCUACAGGAUGUCUCAUCUGGAGGGCUGAGUCAGUUGGGGAACACCACAGGCUACACAGUAGCUCUUCCUGCUACUGGGUUAAUGAGUCUGGCAGGUUCUUUAUCUCACUCAAUUCUUAUCAUGGAAGCAACAGCAGCAGUCGCCAGGAAAUCUUCUAGUGUAGUGUCUGUGCUAACCCAGUGGUAAAUCCCUUAGAUCCCCUCCUGUUCUCUGGCAGUCUUCUUGAUUUUGGGUACCAUGUAUAUUUUCAGCUUUGACUUUAAUGCUUUCUAGGAUAGGGUGAGCACCCUUAAUCCAGGCACUGUCCGUUAGCUUCCUUUGCAAAGGCUACUUACUGCUGGUCACAAGCCAGCACUCAGACAGAGCCAAGGGGAUGUCCUCUUGCCCAUGGCUAUGAUGUCAGACAGUGGAUGGGCUCCAGCAACAAGAGACAAAAUCACUAAAGGCCUUUGCUCUCCUCUUACAUUGAGGCCUGGGGCUUACAGUUUGGAAUACGACAUGUGAAGGUUUUUGUUGUUAUUUGUAUUUUUUAAAUGUAAACUUGAUUAUUUUAUUGCUAAUUUAAAAAUAAAAAUGACUUUGUAUUGAUUGUGAAACAGUUCUGGCUCUGUCUCCAUGCAGGAACACUGAUCUGGUGCCACCAUGUGGUGAUUUUUAUUCAGGUUUUAGAAUGCAGUUCACAUCUUUUUAAGCCAUGUGCUGGAUCAGAUGAUUCAAAACCGCCAUUUUGGAAUAUGGUUUAACUCUCACAGAAUGCAGUGGAACUAUGUGUUUCAGAUUUGAGGUGUUCCCCCAAAAGAAUUUGGUUCGGUCCUUGGGAGUGUCUGGCUGUAGGAGAAAAUGGGGGAGAUCUGUCAUGAUGUUAUCUAGAAGGCGGAAUGACCACACCAGACAUCCUCUGGGAAUCCUUUUGAUCUAACUUUUGAAUGUCUUCCCAAAAAUAACAUUUCUGUUGGCAUUCUGGGUCCUAGAAGCCAGAUCCAUCUCCUUCUUCCUUCUGUUGCUCUCUUCCUUCGUACCCUCUUCCGUGUCCACAUGCACUUGUCUCCCUGCAGAAUACUUUUUGCGGUGAUGUUUCUCAUGUGUGUUUUCUUUCCUUGUCUGGAUGAGCAGAAGAAGAUCAUGAUCAUGAUCUGCUGUAUUAUCCUUGCGAUCAUCUUAGCUUCCACCAUUGGGAGCAUAUUUGCCUGAAAAAGGUGAGCCAUCUGUGGGGACAGUCAGGCCUUCUUUCACUUACUUGAAACCUUUGCGCCUUGGGGGCACUCUGGGUGCCGUAAUCUGGGUGGGAUUCGGUGCUAAUAAAGGUUAGAGAAAACUAAGGAAAGGGAUGUUUCAGAGACAGAAAAGUGAGUGAAGAAUGAGCUGUUAGCAGGUAGUCUGUGGGAGGAGAUGGGGGGACAGAAGGCAGCAAUCUGUCCUAUAACCUGGUGUGGCAGAAUACUUUGUAUAGGUCAAGGAUAUUGAUUCCUGCUAAAUAGUUUGAGCCUUGGUAUCUGGAAGUGACAAAAGGAACAAGAAUUCAUUCUUAAUUAGGUGUAUCUUCAACUUUUUGGAAGACACAGUAAUUCAAAUUAAAUUUCUUCCCUUUCAAGGUUAAUGAAAGUUAACACAGCCUUGUGUAUAUAGUCCCUUACCCCGGGUAAGAGGGAUUUGGUGAUCCCAGCCACGAACACCAUGCUAUAUAAUCUAUGAUUUUUUUUCUCCAUUUUUCUAUUAUCUCCCACAGCCCUCAGAUUGAUCGACUGGCAUUUCUAAUCCUCCUUCCACUUCUGUGGUACCAUCACUUCUCCACGCAGACUCCUCAUCAGCUUCUCCUCUUUCCAUUAUGAAACUUCUUAUGAAACAGGGCACCAAUCAACUACUUAUUAAGAAUUAUGCAAAGAAGAACAAACUUAUACAGAAUUGGGUGGAGGACAGGGACAGGGAGUACAGAUACAUAGCUGAUUAGGCAGAUGGCUUAAAGGAGGACUGCAGGGUAGAGAAGAAAGCGGAGUGGGUGCCUCUUUAGGAAGUGAAACUUAGAGUCUGCAUGUGCAGUAUGGCUGUGAAGGGGCAGCUAUCGUAGCACACCUGACUCAACAGGAUCUUACUUGAACUGCUGUGAGUUCGUCAAGUCUGGGCCCUUCUGUUCUUCAAGCUCCUCUAGGUCUCACCUUUGACCACUUUACAUCUGUUUCCUCUUUCAGGCUCUAGUAGUAGUCUUAAAAGUGAAGUUUAAGGAUAAGCACAUGCCUAUCUUGCUCACUGCUGUGUUCCCACUUUUUAGGACAGUGCCUGCUGCUUACAGGUACUCAAAUAUCUGCUGACUUAAUUACUUAUAAUUAAGCUCUUAUUUCAGUCGGGGACAAAUCUUUGGGUUUGACUCCUAAACUCUUUAAGGUACCAAUGAGAACACGGUUUGUUACUAUCAGAGGCUGUGUAAAGCUGCUUGGGAAUAGGCUGAUCGACUCAUGCAAAAAUGCGACCAACCUUUCUUCCCAUUACCACAACAUAAACUUUAAAGUGCUUUUUCUGUGGGUGGUCAUGGUGGGGUUCUAGCAACAGCCUCUUAAUCCGUGGAGAAGAUGGCUGGCCCCAGGACUGUGGUUCAGUAACGAAAUACAGGCCCACAAAAUAAAAGAAACAGGUUUAUAGUAUGACUGAACUCACACAUCAGUAUAACACUUUGUGAACCAUAACAAAGAACAGAUAAAGGUGUAGGUGAGAAAGGUGAAAUGAGGUUAUCGCUCACUUCACCUCUCACCUGAUUUGUGUUGCUAGCUGAAACUGCUGGCCAGUAAUUUAUGUGUAAGAAACUGUUAUACGCCGGGCAUGGUGGCUCAUGCCUGUAAUCCCAGCACUUUGGGAGGCCGAGGCAGGUAGAUCACCUGAGGUCAGGAGUUCGAGACCAGCCUUACCAACAUAUCUACUAAAAAUACAAAAUUAGCCAGGCAUGGUGGCUUGCACCUGUAAUCCCAGCUACUUGGGAGGCUGAGGCAUGAGAACUACAUGAAUGCAGGAGGCGGAGGUUGCACUGAGCCGAGCGCCACUGCACUCCAGCCUGGGCAACAAGAGCGAAAUUCCGUCUCAAAAAAAAAAAAAUAAAGAAAAACUAUUCUAAAUACUGUCCCCAAUUCCAUUCAAGGUUCAGUUGUGUUCAGCUUUAAAACCAGCUAUGUGAAUAUGAGUUCUAGUGCAGAUAACUUAGUGAUUAUGUAACAACAAUUCAUUAAAAAAAUCACAGUAUAUAACGGUGAGGAGCACACAACUGCUAAGUUUGUACUUUUGAAAGUAAAUUAUUUGAUACCUUAUUUUUUAAGAAAGUGGGAUUAAAAAAUAUUUUGGUCAGUGCUGUUUUCUACCCACCUUCAAAAGCCAAUGGUUUAAUAUUUCUAUUAAUUUGUGCUUCCUUUAAUGUGAAUAGGGGAUAGAACACUGCAGCUGGUUAGGUCUGGAAAACGUUAAUCUGGGCAAACAGGGAGCUGGAGCUGUGAGGAUCUGAGUCCCAGGGGGCCCUCAUUCACUAGCUGUAAGAAUUUACGUGUUGCAUGGCACAUAGCACUAUACUAGACUCUGCAGGGGCACAAACAUAGAGCCAAACACCCUCCCUCUUUGGAGAAUUUCAGACCUAGAAAAGGCCACACAGUUCUAACUUUUGUUAUUGGUUCCUUUUGCUAAAAGGCAAAGGGUAUAUUCCUUGCAUAUUGUCCAACAUCCCCCUUCCAAGAUUGUGAGAAGCUGGGUAACUGGGCAUCAAUAAACGCUGAAUCAAUU